AUGUGUACUGGGGAUGUUACUAUUGCAACCGCAAAUUGGGUCCAAGGUCAUCCGAGGCCGAUUCCAGAUUUCAGUACGAUGCAUAAUUCCAUUGGCACCCCAACUGGCUGGCGCAUAGUAAAACGAGCCCACCCAUCAGAACCAAUCACCAUACGCAUAUACCUCCAUCCCUCGAACAUCACUUCGCUACAAGAAACUGUAUACGCAAUUGCAACACCCGGGAAUGAGCAAUAUGGAAAACACCUAAGUCGCGAAGACACACAUCUACUAUCGCAGCCGUCGGUGCAGGCCAUCGAGGAUGUGACGAGUUGGAUCACAGGUGGGGGAAUCAGCCUUGACAAAGUCAAGAUCAAUUCGAAUCGGAUAAAGAUUAGCACGACAAUUGGAAAGGCCAAUGGUCUGCUUCGAUCCGAUUACUCUGUGUUUGAGCACCAGGGCUUCAAGCGCCGGCUAGUACGCUCAUUGACGUAUAACGUCCCAGCUGAUGUCCGGGAACACAUUGCGAUGCUCCAACCUGUUGAUCUUUUUCCACCUUUGCAGGCGCAUGUUUCGAGGGGGAGGAAAUGGAGUGACAAUAGGUUCUGGGAGGAGAAUCAGGUGGCACUUGGUGAUAUCAGUUGCAACCAUAAUAUCACUCCAUCCUGUCUGAAAGACUUGUAUAACAUUGAUUAUACAGCAGAUGGGGCUAGAGGAGGGAAAGUGGCAUUUACCAGUUUUCUGGGAGAGGCGGCGCGACAUGAGGAUGUGAAAACGUUCCAGGAGCAGCUUGCUCCUUGGACAGCCGGCCAUUCCUACCAAUCCAUUGCUAUCAAUGGGGCUGAAAAUGAGGUUUUCGAGUCUGAGGCCGCUGCGGAGGGAAACCUUGACGGCCAGUAUUUCAUCGCCAUUGUUGCUCCGUUACCGAUGACAGAGUAUAACUUUGGGGGAAGAGGACCCCUAAUCCCAGACCUCGACCAACCCUCCCUCCCGGGGAGCAACGAACCCUAUCUUGAAUUCCUCGAAUACCUCCUCGACCUCCCCGACAAAGACCUGCCCCAUACAAUCACCUCCAGCUACGGCGAAAACGAACAGGAAAUACCCCCGGACUACGCUCAAGCCAUCUGCAACCUCUUCGCCCUGCUCGGCGCCCGCGGCGUCUCCAUGAUCGUCAGCUCCGGCGACUCGGGCGUCGGCCAAGCCUGCCAAUCCAACGACGGCCACAACACAACCCGAUUCAACCCCAUCUUCCCCGCAAGCUGCCCCUUCGUCACCUCUGUCGGCGCCACAAAGCACGUCUACCCGGAAGUAGCCGUCGAGUUCUCGUCCGGCGGUUUCUCAGAUCUCUUCCCCCGCCCCUCCUACCAGGAUGCCGCCGUACAACAAUACUUGCACGGACUGGGCGAUACCUGGGCCGGACUAUAUAAUGUCGCUGGCCGCGGGUUCCCGGAUGUUGCGGCGCAGGGGACGAGCUUUACGGUCGUUGAUAAGGGCCGGGAGAGCCAUAUUUCGGGGACGUCGGCGGCUGCGCCUGUUUUUGCGGGGAUUGUGGCGCUGAUUAGUGCGGAGAGGGUGACGGCCGGACUGCCGCCGUUGGGGUUCUUGAAUCCGUGGCUUUAUUCUGAGGGGUUUAGGGUGCUUAAUGAUGUCACGAGGGGUGGAUCGGAUGGGUGUAAUGGUGUGGAUCAGUAUUCAAAGUUGGAAACGCCUGUUGUGCCGUUUGCUAGUUGGAAUGCGACGGUGGGUUGGGAUCCUGUUACGGGACUUGGGACGCCGGAUUAUGGGAGGAUGCGUGGGUUGUUUAUUAAUGGGGCAUUAGGCUUAUGAGGGUAAAUCAGUUCUUAAGUUCAGUUUUUUUUUGGUUUGGCUAAUCGUGUAUAUAGCUUUUCUGUCUUGAAUCGUGUCGUGUCAUGUCAUGCUAUACCAUCAAAGGAUCUGCCAAUACAUUGAUAUCCUUGUCC